UCGUCGGUUUCAUUUAUUCAUUUUUGUUGUUGUUAAAGUUUUUCCAUCGUAUUCGUGUUGUGACUUGUGAUUAGAGAUUGAUUAUUAAAUUUGCUAAAUUGUACUAUUUUCUUAUUCUUAUUCUGUAUUUUGAUCAAAUUGUUUGUGACUUUUCUUUUCUAAUAUGCAGUAGUUAAAGCACAUAGUUUAAUCAAUCGUACUAAUAUAUAGAACCCGGUAUCAAGGAAAAACCCUCCAAAAUGUCGGGGAAAGCAUAUACAAUUAAAGAAAUGAAAGCCAUUGUGGAUUAUUUGACAGAACACAAGGCUUACAAUGAAAUAAGGGGUAGAAAGAUGUGGAUGGAUUUUGAAAAAUCAAAGGUAAUAGAUAGAACUUGGCAAAGUUUGAAAGAAACAUUCCUAAAGCGUAUUCUUCCUGAUAUUCACAAUCCAUAUUAUCAAUUGUCAGUGAUACAGAUCAGCAGUUUUAGAAGUGGGUAUGAUGUAGAAGCAAAACUCAACAAUAAACUAGAAAUUAGGACUGUAGAUGAAGAAUCAAACACAAAUAUUGAGCAGGAAAUAAAUUCAGAAAAUCCUAGUACAAGCAAUGGUAAUGCAAGUGGAAAGAAAUCAGGUGAGGAACAAAAAAAUACAAAAACCAUAUCACAGCAUAGAUCAUCAGCUGAAACUAUUGUACUGGAUACUUGUUACAAUACUGCUGAAGAUAUACAAAAAGAAUUAGAAGGUAAAAAUGAUGAAAAGAAAAAUAGCAGCCAAACAACACAAAAAUCAUUGCGCGAUUUCAUAACAUAUUCAGAACCAUUGACUCCAAUGCUACAAGAAGUAAUUGAUGAUUUUGCUACCGAUGAAGAGUCUGAUUCUGGUACUAGAAUGGAAAUCGUGGAAGAUGUCAAAAGUGAGAAAAUAUCUGAAGUCAAUAGUGAAACAACUGACGCCCCUAUUGAUAUAAGUUCAAAUACAGAAGAUGAUUGUAAUGAAAUAGAAUUACCGCAUCAAUCUGAACAAAACAAUGAAAACAAUCAAGAUAGUGUUGCAAAAGAGAAACAAGAACAAAUUAAGACAGGGCAAGUUACACAAAAUGCAACGGAAACGUCAGUUCAGGAAAUCUCAUCAACUGAAGUUAUAAAUGUCCAAAGCAGUAGUGACAUUGCUUUAGAACAAGUUAUUAUUGAAACAGACAAACACACUGAAGAAAUUACAACUUCAAAUAAUGAAGAAAAUAUCGGAACACAACCUAAACAAGACAAAUCUGAAAGUACUAAAAAUAUUGAAGAGAUUGCUAUGACUCAAAAUACAACUAAUACAACUGACUCAACAAUUCCUAAUAAUCAAGAAGCUUUAAAUACACAAUCCGAAAUGGUUAGUCAAAACAAAGAAAAGGAGUCUAAAAGUACUGAGAAUGACAAAGAAAUAGCAUCCAAACGUAUUAAAGAAAAUAAAGAAAUGCAAUUUAAAAGUAAUGAUUCAAAUAAAAGGAGAAGGGCAAGUUCUCAAGAUCCAAUAGCUUCAAAAGAUAAAAGACGUUUAAUUAAAAAUUCCAAACCUGUGUCAGUAUCUGAUACCGAUGCUGGAAUAAUUAAAAAACAAAAAGUAAAUGGCAAUUUCCAGCCAGAGACAGAGAGAUAUACAAAGCCGAAAGCAAAAAAAAUAAAAACAUCAGAUAUAGAAAAAGAAAUUAUCACAGAUAAAAAUACAAAGGAAUUAGAAAAUGUUAUAGAAAUCAAUGAGGAAGAAGAGAAGGAAGAAGUUUCAGUGCCAACUGAAAUUAUAACGAAAAUACAUGUUGCGGGGAAUAUUAGUCCAGAGAUUGAAAAUCCGUGUUUAAAAAGUGUUAGCUUGUAUGAUGAAGAGUUUACAUCGGCGAAAUAUAGCGAAUCAAGUGACGCCGGUGUAGCGCCGGACAAAGAAACUGAACAAAAAGUGAAAAAGAAAGAAACCAACAAAAAUAAUUCGGAUAAUGAAAUCUUACAGUAUACAUCACACUCAGAGUCAGAGAGCGGUGAUAAAACGCCACCGGUACGCACAGUUCCCAUUAAACCUGAAAGAGAAAAAACUUUAGAUAAUGUAUUUGGAUUUACUAGCGGUGCAAAAGCGCAUGGCCGUAAAAGACGCAAAAGUAGUCGUAAAUCAGCACCUCGGCAUUCACGAACCGAAUUAUUGAGUUGCGGCUCAGGUGAUUGGACUUCAGUGAGUGAAGCCGACAGUGAUUCCUCGCAGCGUCGACGAAAGUACAGACAUUCCAAAACAUAUUUAAAACCAAAAUCAGCCCGAUUAUUUUCUCUGGAAGAAGAUGGAGGCACUUUAUUUCUAAUGUAUGGAAAUAAAGUAUACCCAGUAGUAAAAGAUGGGAAAGUAGUCAAAAAAUAUGUCAAAUUCGCGCAGGAUCGCGAUUCAGCUAGCGAAGACGAGUCUUAUUGGAAACUGAAAUAUAUGCAAGAAAAGAAACGAACAGCUCAAUUGACUAAAUUACUCAAUGAGUCAGAAGAGAACACAGCUACAAAUGAAAGAUGUCAAGAUAUUGAUCUAACAGAAGCCAGUCCACCAAAAAAACAAAAGAUGUCAAUACCACAUACGGAAACGAAACCUGGAAGUUCUGCAAUGCAAGAAAAUAUACCAAAUGAACCUUCCCCGGAGGUACAAAAGGACCCAGUGUUACCAACGGCGUCAGUAGUUCAAAAUAAGACGGUUAAAAUAAAAAUUACUAAACAGAAUGAGGAAGUAGAAUUAGAAGGUCACUGGUCACAACUGCACCCGGUCCUGGAUCAUGUGGUUCAAAUAUUCCACAAGGAGGUUGAACCUAAAUUGGAUACAAAAUCUUUAUCCUCAGAACAAUCCAAAGUCUGCCUUAGUGGACUGUCUACCCCAAUUAUACCACACAUAGACCAAGCAGCGCAUGAAAAAGUGAGAAAAUUGGAAACGGAGAUAUUUCAAGAGAUCGAAGCUCGUCACCAAGAAAAUGAAGGAAGCGUCACUCCACAGUCUACAUCCACUGAUAUCUCUAAAGUCAACACGAGAAGAGGACGACCAAAACGAAGUAAAAUGUCAAUAGAAAGUGCCCCAUCGACACCUGAUGUGGAUAAAAAUGAGUCAAAAACAUUUAAUAAAGCGGAGAAAGAACAAAAUUUGGAGAAAAUGGCUUCAGGCGAUGUUGAAAAUGAAACAUCCCCUAAUACUGUAGCAAGACGGGUGACAAGAACAUCCAAGAAUGCACUACGCGACAGCACCGAUAAAAGUGAAACUAAAAUAAAUACAAGAGGGAAGAAAGGUAAAGAGCUGAUCGCUCAAGUAGCAGACGAAGAUCCCAAUGUUAGAUACAAGUUCCCUUCACCGCCGCCAUCUAAAAAGAGCACGAGAUCCUCCGCCAGUAAAACAACGAAACUUACAAAAACUAAGAAUAGAUACGUCAAAACUGCAGCACCUUCAAUGGAUAACAUAAUAUUAAACACUAUAGAAAGCAGCCAAGGUUACCAAGACUCUGAUAUAAGUCCACAAAAAGUCAUUAGAAAAAGGAAAUUAAGAAGAAAUACAUUAAGUACGAAAGUAAGACAACUCAGUCGACAAAACAUUCGCAGGAGAAGUCAAUUGAAUUACUAUGAAAUGUCAGAUCAAUCGAGCAACUCGUGUCCAGAUUUUGGUUUGAUUAAGACAAUACAAAAUGAAGGUUUUUCUUCAAACUCGGAUAUCUACAGAUCGGAGUCAUUACAGUUAUUGAUGCCGAAAAUGAAAAAAACAAUUGGAAUAAAUCCGAACAGUAAACUGUUUAGUGCAUUCUCAGAACAAUUAGAUAGAAUAAUAAAUGAUGCUUGUAAAAAUAAUGAACCAAAUUCUGUUGAUAAAGAUUUACAUACAAAUGUUAAUAUUUCAAACGCUAACAGUUCCAGCAAUAUUUCCUUACCCACCUCACCAGUUUUAUCUAUUGUAGAAAAUUUAUCAAUUGAUAAAAAUUCCUUGAAAAGUUUUUUCGAUGAUAAUAUAAAUGGAAAUCAAAUCGAAGAAUCUAAUAACAACGAUCUCUUCAUAACAAAUGAAGAUGUAACGAUGCUUUUAAUAGGACAGGAAUGUAACCAAGCUACAACAAAUAAUCCAGACCAAAAUAACAAAAACAAACAAGUCACCGAUUCUAUCUUAAAUAAAUUUUCCUCAGUUAAUUUGAAUCAAGAUAAUCAAACCAUAUCAGAUAGUUUACAUCAAAAAAUAUGUAAUCUAGUUUUGGAAAGUACAAAAAAAAUGCAACCAAUUCCAAAAGUUAUAGAACCUUUAGAAAGUAAUGAAAUGGAUGUAGACACUGAUUUAGAACUUAACAAGAAAAAUAGAUUAAAUAAGCGAUGUUCUACGCCAUUAAAGCGUCAAGUUAGUAAAAAGACAAAAAAGAAGAAUCCCCUAAUGGAAGCUUUUAUUGAAGAAGAACAUACAGAUUCUUGUUCACAAAGUGCUAGAUCUUGUCCCCCUUUAACGUGCAAUCCAUCUGGCGUAGAAUAUCUCAAUCCAGAAUCUGCCAACGUAGCUCAAAAAAGAAAUACAAGAGGUAGAAAGAAGAAAGAGGAUGUAAUCAAAGUUAAAAUUCUAAGACCUAAAGCUAGAAGUCAUUCGAGAGAAAUACAACCAGAACAAACUAGGAAUAGAGAAACAAAAUCCAUACAUGGCGAUAGUGGAAUAAACGAAACAGAAUCUAGUAUACUUCAGCAAUUAGAUAGAAGUAUAGAACUUAUACACAAUCAUUCGGAAACGUGUUUACAGACGGACGAAUGUUUAGAUAACAGUGUAGAAUACAUAGAAAGCAACAGAUCUUUUAUAUGCCUUCUUACUGACUCCGAUGUUUCCAAUAACUUAGAACUCAAGGAUCAGGCGGGACCUGACUCUGAUAAAAACACACAAUGUGAACUUUUAAUAGGCGAUAAUGACGCAAAUAUUUUGUGCAAUGUUAUCCAAACUAGUCCGACCGUUGCAAAUAACAGUGAGUUAAUUCUAAACAGAGAAUCUCCAGAUAGCCUCAUAACAGAAGAUCUAUCUGAACCAGAACAAGAACAAAUUUCUGAUAGAGCUUCGAAAUGGUAUCUUUUGUCAGAAGAUGAAAAUACAAACACCAAUUUCCCCCUAAACUUUGAUUUUGGAUCUGAUCUCGAUAAACUAUUUCCCGUCGCAUGUGCAAUACCGAAUUUAUCUACAAUAACCGAACUGUCCAAGGAGAAUGAUAAUAAACCGGUAGACCCGGACGGAGACACAAGAAAUGAUCUACUUUCACAGAGCCUUUUUGAUAGUAAUUUUUAACUUUUUUUAAUAUCAACCUAUUUGUAAAUUAAAACAUG